AUGGCAGAUUGCGGGCAGUACCAUUUAAACCCUCUCAAGGGACAGCAUGCCGGCGGAAGGAUAGGAGCCCCCUUGGCAUACCUGACCCAACACCAAGCUGGCGCCGGGCGGUUCGAAACUUCACACCAACCACGGCAGAACUUCGACGCGUAUGAUCUGAGUCUACCUUGGAAUGCGUCGACGCAAGCCCUCCAGAGUUCAGUCCAUGAAUGGCCAUUACCGGAUACCCAAGGAACAGGUUGUUUUCAUCCUCCUGUGGUGCACGCCGUCGAACCUCAACCUCUGGCCGCAGACAUGGUAAGCCCAUAUGAAGAGCUUCGAACAGUCAUACGCCAUGUAUUUCUGUAUAUCGGCGAUGGCCGCCUGGAUCAUGCAAGCCAGUUGCUAUUAGAAGUGUCGGAGCGGCUAUUAACGAGCGUCGAGGAUCUCGGUCUUCACAUCGACAAUGCUCCUCUACACGCAGAUCGAAUGCAACUCUGGAAGCAAUUUAACAACGCCUGGCUUGCGGUGUUUCAGAAGCAGAAGGAUGACUUCGAACUAAGCCAGUCAUUACACCAUCAAUACGGCUCGUUGUGCCGCCAAUGUAUCCAGGAUAUGGCACAACACUUGGUUGAAUUGUGUGACGGCAUUGCAAAGCACGGCUUGGUUGACUACGAAUACGGCGUAUUGGAAGACGAUAUAAUAACGGCUGCUGAGGAAUGUAUCGACGUGCAGGAAACAAAAGAUGGAGUGGGCCAAGGUGACACACCUAGAGAAAACCCUGAAGUCUUGUCCUUCUUUGCAAAUGCAUCGAAGAUGCCGGCGACAGCCACGCCGGUGAGGACAGGGGAUAUAGAGGUUUACGUACCAUGGUAUGGAAGAAGUGGCAUCAAUACGCCAAAAGCGGGCUGA